UUGCUCCGUCGCGACUCGACGACUUGUCAAGAGCAUCAUCGGCAACAUGGCCGCAGUUCAUGACGACUUCGCAGCCCGAACGAGACUGUCCGACUUCCAAACGGAUCCCAGCAGCGUCAGAGCGCCAGAUGCAGCAGAAGCAGCCCGUCGAGCGGCAACGGGUGGAGCGAGCACGACGAACAAUGCGGCAGGCAAUACCGACGUCUCACGUACAGCCGCGAGCGCUCACACCGUCUUGGAGCCCUACUUGUUGCUCGCCAAGUCGGCACGAGGAGCAGGCCUGGCUCAGCUUACCGCCAAAGUCACUGCAAGCCCAGAGAUCUGGUUCUUCAGCGAACUGCUCGACAUGCCAUCAAUCAGGGAGCUAGCCCACUCCGAGACACACAGUGGGCACCACAAGCUGCUCGAGAUCUUUGCCUAUGGGACUCUUUCGCACUACAGGCAAGCGGUAUCGACGACGCCGGAUCUGCCCAAGCUCGACCCUGCGCAAGAGAUAAAGCUGAAGCAGCUCACCCUGCUUUCUGCAGCGUCCGAUCAUCGCGUGCUACCCUAUAGUGGUCUCAUGAAAGCACUCGAGCUCACAAGCACGAGCGAGGUCGAAGAUCUCAUCAUAAGGACAAUCUAUGCUCAGGUCCUCUCUGGCCGACUGGAUCAAGCUCGCUCGCGCUUUUUGGUCGAUGAGGUCAUCGGACGCGACGUACGCUACCCCGAAGGUGUCGUCGAACUUUCCGAAAACCUGCGAGAAUGGCAAACACGGAUUGAGGCUACUUUGGGUGCCCUCAAUGAGCAGAUCGACCUUGUGCGCAAGGCAGAAACGGGUCAGGCAGAGUGGUGGAACAAGCUAGAAGCACAACGGCUAGCAGCUGCUCACGAAGUCAUCGCAACCGGGACGCCAGCCUUUUCGUCUGGAUUCCAACCCGCCGAUAAUAUGGACCUCGACCUCAUGAGCAAAGAGCGCGCCCAUCUGAAAGCGAGCGGACGCAAGAGAAACCGCAAAUAAUAUUGACAACAAGACGAAAACGAGUCGCUGUGCCGCAUUGCAACCGUGUUGUUGUCUGCCGUCGACGCGUCCCCUCACCCCCACCGCCUUGUUGCUGACCUGCCACUCGUUUCCGUUUGCACAGAUCACGGCAAAGGGUAUGAUGAAGGAAGCCGAAGAGCAGUCAUUGU